GGCGAUACAGCCUUGCCAGCUGUCAGCCAUCGAUUGUAAGAACUUUUGCUGCCUUAGAAAGCAGUGUUACGCACGAAAACAGUAUUUUUGAUUUAUUGUACCAAACUAAAAUAAUUUACUCCCGCUUCGUAUAAGUUUCACCAGGAAUGGAUAAUAGUAAUCGCUACAAUAUGCCUUCACAAAUGAACAGUGAUUCAAAUGGAGAACCAUCAACCCAAAAUGAAAUACCUACAUUAACUGUGUCUUUGCCAGUAAUGCAAAAUGAUAUAAUGAGUCAUUCAGGAAACAUUGCUGCAGCACAAACUUCAAAUGAAAAUCGAAUGGGUGAAGGAGAAGAAAUUCCACCUCCCAAGGCAGAUUUUUCAGCUCCACCACCCUAUGAAGUAGCCACAAAAUUACCUAGUUAUGAGGAGGUUCAACGUGAAAAAACAUUGCAAGGAGAACCUUAUCCUCAAAUACACAUGCCUGGCAAUAUUAGAACACCACAGCAACCUCUAACAAUUCUGGCUAUAGACACUGAAGCUGCAGAGGGAGAUCCAGAAAGUGGGUUACUUGGUACUGAUUUUAUGUUCUUUACAGCAUUUUUAGUUGCAUUUUUGUUUAAUUGGAUUGGAUUCUUACUUUUGAUGUGUUUCUGUCACACAAUUGCAUCUCGAUAUGGAGCAUUGUCUGGAUUUGGUCUAUCUUUGACAAAAUGGACAUUGAUUGUUAAACAUUCCACUGAUCUUGCAUCACAUGAAAAUUCAUGGUUAUGGUGGUUGAUAAUGGGAUUUGGAGUGUUGAUCUGUGCACGAGCAAUUGUUCAAUAUUUGACCAUUAAACGUGGUUGGAGACUACUACCAGGAAGUGCUCAGGAACGCUUACUUCUUUUUUAUUAAGCUAUUAAACCUGCACUUUUAUCUAACUUGGCUUUAGAACAAGCAGCAUUUCUAUCUGGGGUUGUAUUUGUACAAUAUAUAAUCUACACCCUUUGAAAAUAUUACUUUACAUUGGCUACAUACUAUUCUAUUACUAGAGGAAAAAAAAUGAUUAAAAUUAUUGAAACUAUUUGCCAAAUUUGCUUAUAUGUGAGAUAAACGAGGCAAGGUAAAAACGGAACUACAAUAGUUUUUG